UAGUGCGCGCGUGCUGUUGUAGGUUCUUGCCAAGCGUCGUGGGAGCGGAGCUGGCUAAACCGACCUGCGAAACGUUUACGGAGCCUAUUGGACGCGUGAGAUAAGUGCCCGGUAACAAGAUUCCUACUUGGCUCGGUGAUAUUGGAUACCCUGAGAGAUUCAUUGCGGUGUUACGGCCAACUGUGGCUGGUCGCACACCCUUCUCGUACAAGGAUUUGUCUUCGCCUACAAACAAGCGAGAUUGUCGGUGGAGCCCUUGUUGUACGGUGCUUACGUGGUGCGUACACGUACAUUGUUUUCACCGUUGGCGCAACUUUAGACAUCCAUCGCGUGAGAAAGGUUUUGCUUGAAGAUACAGCCGUAGGCAAUCGACAACAGAACAAUUGAAAAAAUAUGGAUCGGUUACAACCAGAAGUCCGGAAUGAUGAACCCGAGUGCUUGGAAGAACUUCGUCAGCUACUUCAAGAGGAUGGGAUACGCGUCCUGCCUGGUGAUGAAGCCCUCCUAAUGUUUCUACGCACCAAAAAAUAUAACGCGAAAAAAGCCGCGAAGGCGGUAAGAAAUUAUUUCCGGGUUCGCAAGGACAUGCCAGAGUAUUUCGACAACCUGACUCCCGCCAGCAUCCCGUACAGCUCUGUGUGUUACGAUCACAAGCUCAUCAUGCACGCCAGGGAGAGGGACCCUCAAGGAAGAGCUGUGGGGGUCCUCAAGUUUGGUGCCUGGAGUACCGACAUCUGCUCCAUGAGCAAGCUUAUGAGGUGUCUGCUACUGUCAGCCGAAUGCGGUCUUCUUGAAGUGGACGCGCAAGUUCAUGGUGUAGUGGCUGUCAUAGACCUCCAAGGCUUCGGCAUAAACCACCUGAGGCAGCUGACGCCGUGGUUCCUCCGAAAAGUCAUGCUCAUUGCUCAGAACUCACUACCAGCAAGAAUUAAAGGAAUCUAUGUGAUCAACACACCAGCCGUGGCUGAAUACGCUGUGUCCCUUGUGCAGUUCUUUCUACCAGCGAAACUAAAGAGCAGGUUGCACUUCUUCCGCGGCGGCUUUUCGGAACUUCGCGGAAUUAUUCCUUCUGAACUGAUACCAAAGGACUUCAGCGGAACGCAAGAAGACUUCGACUUCCACGCACAAGAAGAUUUCCUCCUUGAGAAGACCAGCUACUUUGACAGUAUGCAGCAGUGUGGUUAUUGAUGGAGUUAAAUGUGGGUCAGUCUGAAGAACGUAAAGACCUUUGUAUUAUAUGUAAAUAAUAAAUAUGUUUUUGUUCAACGUUU